GAACAUAUAGGCCGUCCUCCGCCUCUGUACCCGGCCGGCCUUCUACCGUGAACUACACCCUCUCCUUCUCGGUAUAUUAAUGCGUUAUGAGUGACUCCAAGAAGGAAUCAUCUGGAACUGAAGGAGGGAAAGCAUCUAAAAGGGGGAAAAGUUCUGGAUCGCAGGAUUCCUCUCAGCCCUCGCCGUUGGCUCUGCUAGCGGCCACCUGCAGUAAGAUCGGAGGGCAGGGGGGAGCGGAAGGGGCCCAGGUCCAAGCAGGGGCCCAGCAGAUCCAGGUCCAGGCUGGUCAGAUCCAGCUGCAGGCCGGUCAGCUCCAGGGUCAGAUAGUGGUGGACACAGCUGGGGGUCAGACCCUGGUGCCCCAGCAGCUCGAACUGGUCCCAGCUCAGUUCACGGGGAACGGCUGGCAGAUCAUUACAGCAGCGCCUACGAUGGCCAAGGAAAACACCAGUCAACCUGUUGCUGUGACGGUGGCCACCACUUUGGCUAAUGACAGCUCGCCUGGUGGACGCAAGGUGAAGGCAGUAGGUGGGACCAACAGUGUUGCAGCCAAUCAGCAGCAGCAGCAGCAGCAGCAGUUCCAGAUUAUCCAGGUUCAGAACCUGCCCAAUGCUGGGGGCGGGGUCCAGUAUCAGGUCAUCCCCCACCUGCAGACUGCAGAUGGCCAGCAGAUCCAUAUCAGCCCGCAGACAGCCUCCAUCGGGGCUCUGCCUGAGCAGGUUCAGCUCAUCCAGACCCCGAGUUCUGGCCAGACCCAGGCUAUCCUCCAGCCGGCCAACCAGCAGGCCAUCCUGACAAGUACAGCCAAUCAGACGGUCCCACUGCAGAUCCGUCCUGCACAGUCUUUCCCGCUUCAACUACAAGCUCUGCAAGGCUCCCAGACUCCUGUUAUGACCACAGUACCCAUCAACCUCGGGGGCAUGACCCUGGCUUUACCUGUGAUCAAUAAUGUCGGAGGGGGCGGGGCUGUGCAGCUUAUCCAAUCAGCAGAUGGCACAUUCUCUGUUGCUAAUGGCAACCAGCUGGUGACAACAGCAGUGUCUGGGGCGGCCCCGGCUGCAGCUGUACCCGGACAAGCAGCAACGGUAAUACCUGAAGGUGACAGCGUGCCUGAUGGGGCUCAAGUGGUUUCUGCUGGACCGGAGGGUGGAUCAGCUGACACCCAAGUGCAAACCAGUGAGGCAGACUCUCAAAGCCAGAACCAGGCCAACGGGCUGCAGAACCAGACAGAUACAGCAGGAACCAUCCAGCAGGUGAUCGUGGGCCAGGUGGGGCACCAGUUGGUGCAGCAGAUCCAGCUGCAACCCCAGGCUCAGAGUCAGGGUCAGCCUCAGGCCCAGCAGCAACCUCAGCACAUUCAGACCCUCCAGCUGGCCCCAGGUCAAACCCUGCAACCCAUUCAGGCCUUCCAGAACCCAGCCCAGGUCCUUAUUCGUACUCCGACCCUGUCACCCUCUGGGCAGAUCACCUGGCAGACGCUGCAGCUGCCCGGUGGCGUUUCCCUGCAGGGCGGUCUCGGGACGGCUGUGCCACAGCAGCUCACGCUGGCCCCGGUGGCUGGUGGGACGGCAGUAGGGAGUGGAGGGCUGGUCUCCCUGAGUGGAGCUCCCUUGACUCUGAGUGCAGCCCAGAUCAACCCGGGGUCAGGAGUACAGACGGUCAGCAUCGCAGGACUGGGCACAGCUGGCGUUCAGGUGCAGGGCGUUCCCCUCACCAUCACUGGUCUACAGGGUCAGCCACAAGGUCAGGAUGGGGUCAAAGUUCAGUCGUCUCCUGUGACCGUCACUGUUGGCAACGUGGCAUCAGGUUCAUCAAUGAGUCCAGACCAGCUGGGCUCCGUUCAGAGUUCUUCAGACCAGGAGGGGCCGCCCAGCAAGAGGCUUCGACGUGUCGCCUGCUCUUGUCCAAACUGCAGGGAUGGAGAAGGAAGGAACAGUGGGGACCCCACAAAGAAAAAACAGCACAUCUGCCACAUGGAGGGCUGUGGGAAGGUGUACGGCAAGACAUCCCACCUACGGGCCCACCUGCGCUGGCACACCGGUGAGAGGCCGUUUGUGUGUAACUGGAUCUUCUGUGGCAAGAGGUUCACCCGCAGCGACGAGCUGCAGAGACACCGGAGAACACACACAGGUGAAAAGCGCUUCGAGUGUCCCGAAUGCUCCAAGCGCUUCAUGCGCAGUGACCACCUUUCUAAGCACAUCAAGACCCAUCAGAACAAGAAGAGCGGCGCUGCCGUGGCAAUCAUCACCACUGAUGACAUGGAGGAAGAUGCCCCUGAAGGCCUGGGUGCCUCCCCUCAGAUUGUUGCUGUAGCAACCCUCUCGCGUGACUCUGACCCCGCUACACCCACCACCUCCAAUCACCUGGAGGAAGAGGAGGAGGAAGAGGAGGAGUUUGAAUAGGGCGCCUGACUCCUGUUUCUUGGCGGAAGGCUGACCUCCUGUUUUCUUGGAGGUCUUUGCAGGGACUGUAAGGGUGAUGACUUUUCUUUUUCUUUCUUUUUUUAAAAUUUUACAUCAUUUUAAAAAUGUUGUUCAGUCAUGACAAGGGACUCAAUAGAGACAGGAUCAUGCGAAGAACAGAAACCGAAAAAUAUAAACAUCACAAUCUAAAAAAAAUAAUUUAACUAACACAUAUAAUAACAAAAAAAUUUAGUGUAUGAAAGAUUAGUUUGGCAUUUAUAAAAUUAAUCUAUAAUAAUUCCAUGUGCUGUGGGGAAAGGAAUGUAAGUAGAUUAGCACAAGACAGGGGGACCUGCUGAAUUUAAAACCAUUCAACAUUGAGAGACAUUUUCCUAAUCGCAACAGAAUCUAACUCUAUGCACAAAGUUGUGUUCCUGUUUCCUACCUGUCAGACAGUGCUGAGGGUCAAUCAUGGUACAGGGCUGUUGUAGAGCAGUGAUGGAGCAGCGCCAGUGUCGGGAUGAAUUGUUUGUGUGCGAGAAAAUGUGGCCUGUAUAAAUGAGCGUGCGUUUGUGUUCCCACACUGACCUGCAGAUCUACCUAAUUUGAGUUUUAUUCAUGGUUCAGGUUUAGUCCUCAGAUCAGAUUCAGGUGUUGAUUCCUUUGUGACCAGUCGACGAAUAAACUGUUCUUUGAGAAGAAAAGGGGGAUAAUUCUAAAAGACAGAACGUGUAGAGAAAAAAAAAAAGCACAUAUAAAAAGAUUUAUAAAUAAUGCAUUCCUAUUGAGGCGCAGUGGCCAUUAGACAAAAAAAAAAAAAAAAA